AAAGUUAGAGCGCAAUUCACAGCGACGAGCAGUUCGAAUGAGUUAACACCCUUUUAACGAGUAGCAAUUAGCCGAAGCCACCGUACCGGUACCGAAGAUAGACUCUAAGUUGUUACCCAAACGUAAGGGCUUUAAAAGGGCGGUGGCAUGCUCGCCUUGAAUCCAAACCUCACCAGCCAUUGCUGAGUUAGGGUAAAAAUCAAAGUCAACAACGAUAAGGAUGAAGAACAAUGCAUACCUGAUGCAUCCGAUAUCUGCUACGAUCGUGUGCGGUUUUAUUGGCUUAUUGCUUGCCCAGGAGUACUGUGACCCUUCAUACUGUAACGGCCAGUCUAACGUUGGAUGCAAUCCUCCACCAUUGACCGGCGGACCGUUUUGCACGGGCAAAAAUGCCAGUGUCAUAACCGUUGAUGCCACGAUUCGCGGUCUCAUCGUCUCCGAGCACAAUCGGCUACGCAACCAGCUGGCGAUCGGUAACUUAACCGGAUUUGCGAGCGCAGUUCGCAUGCCUACGCUGGCCUGGGAUGAUACUCUCGCUGACCAGGCGGGUCAUAAUGCACGGUCUUGCGUCUUUUCUCACGAUGCUUGCCGUAAUACAGCAAAGUAUGCGUACGUUGGACAAAACCUUGCGGCACAAAGCUUUUACGGUCAAACCAACGCACCAACAUCGCUGGUAAGGAAUAUGGUGGCCACUUGGUGGAGCGAGUACAAAGAUGCGACACAGGCACAGCUUGAUCACUUUCCUAGCAAUUACACCGGACCACCGAUUGGGCACUUCAUUCAAAUGGCGAGUGACCGAACGUCGCUUAUAGGUUGUGCGAUGCAGUAUUGGCUGCAAGAUAUGUUCGCGAUGUACUAUCUCGUGUGCAAUUACGAACGGUCUCUCUUUAUCAGUGAAGCAGUGUAUAAGAAGGGAGCUGUUGCAUCCGAGUGUACUGCCGGCACUAAUCCGAAGUACGUUGGACUUUGCGCUGCGAGAGCAAAUGAACAGAAUGCACGGGCCUUCCCGUACCUAAUUUGUUAAGAAUCCAGCGAAACGCGAAUAACCUAUGACCAAUAGACCAUUUAAAAUGCAAAGGAAAAGUCAGAGUAAAACACUCAAAUCAUCUUGGAAUUGAUAGCCCAUAGGUGAUGUUUGGAAACAAUGAGUUUCCCCUCAAUGAUGGUUGGUUUUCGUCCAUUGUUAAUGGUUAGCUAUUGUUGUACUCAACCUGGCAGUCGUUAAGAGAUGCUGAAAUAAUUACUUAAAUUCCUAUCAUUUCUCAUCGGAACGUACAGCUCGUGCUGCUUGUACCACGGUGCUCAUUUCGUUCUAGAAUGGCUCAGAAUAAGGAAGGUUACAGUGUUAUAAGCGUUGAACAAGCUAUUG